AUGGGCACGCGGCGAUUCGGAGAGAAAAUUCCGGAAAUUCUCGAGAAUUCCUAUGAAAACGCGGACGGAAACGACGAAAUUGUCGAAUGGAUGCGUGGCGACGAAAUCGGAAACGAUGCGGUCAUGAACGGACCGUUUGGACUGAGAAAAGGUUGGAAAAUUGAGCGGAAAUCAGCAGCUUGGGACAGGCGAGUGGGAGGGGCCUUACCUGGACUGUAACAGGUUGUCAAGUUGCUUGAACUGUCUAAAUUACUUCUAUGGGUCAUAAGUUCCGACAACACAUCCCUGAAUUUGCAGUGAUCUACUGCGACUACACGGCAAGCGCCCGGUCCUUCGGCUCGAUCGAGGCGUACAUCCGAACCGAGGUGCUGCCGUUCUACGGAAACACGCACAGUUCGGUGACGGUGACCGCCGAACAGACGACGCUUUUCAUGCACGAGGCACGCCAGGAAAUCCGGGCGAUGAGCGGCUGCGGAGAUCUCGAUUCGGUCAUAUUCACGGGAAGCGGAGCCACGUGCGCUGUCGACCUCCUCGUACAUCUCAUGCGAAUCGACGAGGAGGAGUCCGAACUGAUAGUCGUUCACUCGUCGCACGAACACCACAGUAAUCUGCUGCCGUGGCGCCACGUGGCAAAAGCGUGCAUCCGGGUGGAGGAACUCGAAAACGGACACGUGGAUUUGGGGCAUUUGCGGAAAGUGCUCGAAGAAGCGAGAAAGGAGUACGGAGCAGGCGUGAAAAUCGUCGGAGCGUUCAGUGCAUGCUCGAAUCUCACCGGAAUUGUGAUCGAUGUGCAGGCGGUGACGAAAGUGCUCAAAAGGUAGAUUAGGCUCUCAUAGGCUUCUGUUAGUAUUGCAUCAAGUUUCUAACCGAUCGGAAUAUCGCUGAUGCCGAUCAAUCCAAGUAGAAGGAGCGUUCAAAGUUCUAGCUUCGUUGCAGCUUCAACGCGCUCUCAAUCUGGGACUUUGCCUCGGCGGCGCCGUACAUUCCGAUCCAAGUGAACGGUUCUCAGCCGCUCGACGCCCUCUUCUUCUCCGGACACAAAUUUCCGGGCGGUGUGAGCUCCCCCGGCGUGCUCAUCGUCAAAAAGACACUAAUCAGAGCGACUCGACCAAAAAGACUCGGCGGCGGAACCGUGUUCUUCGUCAACGAACUCGAUGAGUGGUAUCUGAAAGAGGUUAGGAACAAUAAAUGAAAUUAUUCACUUAAAACAUUUUGUAUUUUCAGGUGGAACAUCGAGAAGAAGGCGGAACUGCGGACGCAAUCGGAGCCGUCCGUUUGGCGAUGGCCGUGAAGAUGAAAAGAUCGGUCGGAGAGCCGAAGAUUAGAGAUCUGGAAGCGGGAAUUACGCGAUUCGUGCUGAAACAAUUGAAAGAAAUCCCGAAUUUAGAGCUCCUGGGGCCUAAAACCACGCUUCCCGAGAGACUUCCGGUCUUUUCAUUUCUCAUCCGAAACCCGGACACCAAUCUUUUCUACCAUCACAACUACAUUUCCGUCCUUCUCAAUGAUCUUUUCGGCAUUCAAACGCGUGCCGGAUGCAUGUGUGCCGGGCCGUAUGCUCAUAAACUACUAGGUAUCGAUGAGCAGGUCCGGAAUUUGAAUAAAAAAGUAAAAGUACACGUAGACGUUUCAGUUGUCGCUCAAAUUCGUCGAAGCGAUCCGUGAGACGCCGCAGCUGGACCGAACGCACCUUCGGAGACAAAACGAAUAUUCGCAACGUGAAUUCUUGCGCCCCGGCUUCACGCGCAUCUCUUUUCCGUACUUUUUCACUCUGCAACACGUGGAUGCGAUCGUCUCGGCGCUUCGGUUCAUUUCCGAACGCGCGGCCGAUUUUCUGCACCUGGUACGGAAAAACUUGGAAAUUCGCUACUAACUCGAAAAUUUAUUGAACUUUCACAAUUACCGCAGAAAUUUCAUUGUAGCUUUGUCGAUAAUUUCAGUACCAAGUGAACUGCGAGACGGGCGAAUGGCACCACCACAAUCAGCGAGUAUUUCACGGGCGCCGAUGGCUCGGCCACGUUCAAUUCACGGGAAACGGCCUGAAAAAAAGUCAAAACCCUCUGGAAUUUCCGGAAGUGCCGGACCUUCAAAAAUUCCUGAAAAUGGCUGAAAGCGAGGCGGAAAACGCUAGAAGUUCAAGGAUUUUGACAAAAAUCCCCGAUGGACGGAACGCAAUCGAACAGGAAUUUCACGAGCUCCGCUGGUUUGUGCUGCCCAUCGAAAUUGCGGAAAUUUGCGAAAAACGGAGAAUUUCCGUGCCCGCAUGUGUGAUAAAACCGAGAGAAUACGCGGAAGACGUCGACAAUAUUCGGGAGAAAUUCGAUGGUUUUCAAGUGGAAAUUGAUGGACAAAUUGAAGGUAAAAACCGAACAUUUGUGACAAAUUGAUAAACUGAUGUGUAGAAGACGUUCCAGAAGGAGCAGAAGCAUUCAAAAAUUGUGAAAUCGAGUGCGACGACGUCAUUUGUCUUCUGAAAUGCGACGAAAACGACACAAGAGCGACGGAGCCGGAAAAUGUGGGAAUGGACGAAUCGGAAGCGAAAGAGGCGAAGAAACUGGACGACUGGAAUAAAAGAGUGAUUGUGCGGCCGGUGGAGCUCACGAAAGAGCAGGAGAACCGAUUGGAAUGGCACGUUCCGCCGCUCGACAUGUACAAAAAAGUGACGGAUAUGGUGCAUCAGCUGAAAAUGAUUCGAGUAGGUUUGCUGUGAGAAUUUUGGGUGAAAAUUGGCUACCUGUUUGGCUAAGCAAAUGCGCUCUUCCGUCAAACAAAGUGUAGAUUGAGAUUUUCUAGAAGUUUCGCUGUAAAAUGCCAUUGCAGGAGGGCGACAAAGUGCUGGUGUGCCUGUCGGGCGGAAAGGACUCGCUCUCGCUGCUCCACAUCCUCCGCUACUAUCAGAUUCGAUGCAAAAAGGCGCGGAGCACCUCGUUCCGGCUCGGCGCGAUCACCGUCGAUCCUGGCUCGGCGGAGUUUAACCCGCGGCCGCUCAUCGAAUAUUGUCGGCGGCUGAAUAUUGAUUACUUCUACGAGGAGCAGGACAUCAUCGGCGCGGCGAAGAGUACGCCCGGAUUACGGUCGAUCUGCGCGUUUUGCAGUCGGAUGAAGCGGGGACGGUUGGCGGCGGCGGCGCAGUUUCACGGAUGGAAUGUGCUCGCGAUGGGACAGCAUUUGGACGAUCUCGCCGAGAGCUUCUUCAUCGCCGCGUUCCAGAACGGCAAUUUGAGUACGAUGAAGGCGCAGUACACCACGAAGUGAGCCGGAAAACCGAUUUUUCCAGAUUUUUCCGGCCUCGACUUAUGGUAGGCUUCUCGGACUUUAAUUUAAGUAUACUGGGACCAAGUUUCAGACCGAUUGAAUUAUCCGGUCCCGAGAUAAAGUGGUUUGAGGCUAAAACGACUGGGUUUUAGCGAAACCUAACUCUGGAACAGAUGAUUUGAACGGUCUGUAACGUGGUCCCAGGAUACAUUAAUCCAAGUCCAACAAGUCUGCAAAGACCUAGUUUUGCCCAAACCUGAAUCGGCUUUUAAAGUUCGACACUCCUAGAAUUUUCCAGAGACGGAGCACUUCGAGUAAUCCGACCAUUGGUUAUGGUUCGAGAAAAGGCACUGCGAAACUUUGCAGAGGAGAAAAGUAGGGAAAUUUCCGGAAAGAUCAACAGAUCGCAUACAAUAUCACAACUUUCAGACCUUCCGAUCGUGGCGGAAAACUGUCCGGCGUGCUUCAACCAGGCGACCGAACGGCAUCGAGUCAAGCAGAUGCUCGCCCAGCAGGAACUGAUCUUUCCCGACUUGUUCCACUCGCUCCGCUCCGCCCUCCGACCCCUUCUGCUCGUCGAUUCGGCGGUGACGAGUGAAAUGCGCGCGCAGGCCGUUCAGAAUAUUGUUAAUGCUUAA